AUGGACGGAGAACCGUUCAUAGCAGACGUCAGGGUGAACGGCACAGACUUCGUGCCAUCUCUUGUCGACUAUGGCUGCCUCUGCUACGGCGCGGUUAGCAAGCGCACAUUUCACUCUCUCCAGUUGCCACAUAUACGCGUCCAGCCGCGCAUCUUGGAGAAUGCAGCGGGAGACGGCAAGGAGGUCAAAAUCGACAAGAUCACGUAUGUGUCGAUCGACCUCGAUGGACAUCAGCAGCAUCGUGUUUUCAUGUACGUCAUCGACGAUCUGAACUGGGAUAUGAUCCUGGGUAAACGAUGGAUGGAAGACCAGGAUGUUCACAUCCAUGCGAAGGAAGGAUAUCUCGAGAUCGGGUCCAAUGGAGUUCAAUACCACAAGUGGUCUCGAGCUUUCUCUCAGCAACUGGCCGACCAGCUGCCCCCUCAUCGGCCAGGUGUGGACCUGAAGAUCGAAGUGCUGAAAGACGAGCAUGGCCGAGAGAAGCCCCUACCCUGGGGACCGCUUUACAGCAUGUCCCGCGAGGAGCUAUUGGUACUACGGAAGACUCUCACAGAACUACUCGACAAGGGAUUUAUUAGAGUCAGCAGCUCGCCAGCCGCGGCACCAGUCCUUAUGGUGAAGAAGCCCGGCGGAGGCAUCCGCUUCUGCGUGGAUUACAGAGCCAAGGCAAGGUGGUUCACCAAGGUAGAUGUUAUAGCAGCGUUCCAUAAGAUCAGGGUCGCCCCCGGCGACGAGGAAAAGACAACUUUCAGAACGCGCUAUGGAUCCUUCGAAUGGCUGGUAGUUCCAUUCGGCCUGACAGGCGCACCAGCAGCCUUUCAGCGGUACAUUAACAGCGCGCUCCAGGAUUACCUAGACGAUUUUGUGUCAGCAUAUAUCGACGAUGUCCUGAUCUUCUCCUCUGGAAGCCUGCAAGACCACCGCGACAAGGUCGGCAAGGUCCUCCAACGACUGAUGGACGCCGGGCUGCAACUGGAUAUCAACAAGACGGAGCCGCUAACGCGGCUAACGAAGAAGGACGUGCCAUUCCGUUGGGAUGAAUUGUGCGAAGAAGCCUUCGAGAAGCUCAAGGACUUGUUGAUCACGGCCCCGAUCCUUGCACACUUCCAUCCAGAAAGGGAGACUAUCGUGGAAGCAGACGCUUCAGGAUUCGCGUCGGGAGGCAAACAUUCGGCAGCCGAAGCGAACUACGCUAUCCAUGACAAGGAGCUACUCGCCAUUCUCAGAUGUUUGGAGCAGUGGGAACCAGAGCUACGGGCAGUAGAGCACUUCAAGAUCCUAACGGACCACAAGAACCUGAGGUACUUCUACUCGGAAAGGAGGUUGACAGAGAGACAAGUGCGGUGGUCGGAGUUCCUGUCCAGGUUCCAAUUCGAGCUCGAAUGGAGGCCGGGCCGCAAGGGCGGAUUGCCUGACGCACUCUCGACGGGACCAGGAUAUGCCGGCCAACUACUCCGAUGA